UGCUUUAGUCGCGUUACAGCCUUUGAGCGAUGUAUACAUUUCUUUGAAACACAUGUCGACGUAUAGUUAAAAAAAGUGUAUAUCCUGUGUUGCACGACGCUUCUUAUUUUAAGUGUACAUCAACAAAAUCGUGUAUUUGCAUACGCUUCGGAUCAAGACAGUCGCGUUAACGAGAGCGAGGAGCAAGGGAGGUCGAAGAGUUUCUGUAAGACACAUUCAGAAAGAGAACUUGUGUCGAGCACCGCGGAACAGCCACGAAACUGCGAAAACAUGAAGACAAUAUGGAUAAUUGGUGGACCGGGAUGCGGCAAAGGAACACAAUGCGAACGCAUAAUCGCGAAAUACGGAUUGUACCACAUCAGCAGCGGUGAUCUCUUGAGGGAAGAGGUUGCCAGUGGCAGUCCCAGGGGAGCUUCCCUUCAAGAGUUAAUGUCCAAAGGUCUAUUCGUCCCGACGGACAUUGUGCUGGACCUCAUAAGGGAACGGAUGGAGAAAGCCAAAAAAGAAGGAGCCACUAAAACUGGAUUCCUCAUCGAUGGAUACCCUCGUGAAUUAGAACAAGGCAAACUUUUUGAGGAGAAGGUUUGUCCUGCUGACAAGAUAAUUUUCUUUGAUGUCUCGAACGAAACAAUGAUGAAAAGGCUGAUGGGUCGUGCGGCUGUCUCGCAAAGAGCCGACGAUAACGCGGAAACGAUAAAAAAAAGAAUUGAAAUAUUCAAUGUGAAAAACGGAGAGAUCGUCGAACAUUACAAGGACAAAGUCGUAAGAAUCAAUGCUGAAGGCACUGUGGAUGAAGUGUUCGCAGAGGCGACGAAAGCGCUCGAUCCAUUGUUUGCUUAAACACGCGAAAGACUAUGCAAGUUCUCGUUUAGGAACGCCUAAUAAUUCAAUCUGAUUUUCCCGUGGUUUCAAAAUGAAAUUCAACAUAGAAAAUACAUAUUUUACUGUCAUUGAUUUUCGUAAAUCAAACACUCUAUUAUAAGUUUCUAGGAAAAUUACUUAACGGGUUAAUUGACAUUAAUUUGUUACGAAUGAAACUGCGGAUUUUAUGAGUUUAUGAAAAACAUUUGUUAAACGUAUGCAAAAUAUAUUUCACAAGUUAAUAUAAUAUCCGUGUAUAUUCUACAUACGUUUACCGUAUGUUUCUGACGUGUAUUUGUAUAUGCCAUAAACGUGUAAAAUCCGUAGCCUAGUUAUAAAUUACAAUAGGAUAUCUACGUCGCAAAUCUCAAGUACCUGCUCUAAAUAGCAAUAUAGAAGAAAUUUACUUCUAAACUAAUCUGACAUGUCCUAGAAAGUACCUGCUGCUAUUUAUUACUGUUAAAUCAUUCAUAAAUUUACUGUCUGUUUCAAAUAAUAAAUAAAAUGUAUAUAUUUUAAAA